AGCUCUAUUUAGAUUUUGGAAGAAACAAGAUUUAUUCUGGCAGAUUCAUCACCCACAGCCAUCUUACUGGGAUACGUCUAGCUCUUGGAAUUUUAAAAGAUUUUUUUAAUUUGACUGUUUGGCCUAUAAUUUUAUUUAAUUUAUGGGUGCUGUUUUAUAAAACAGAAGUCAUUAUUUUAGAAACUAAAAGGCAUCCUACUUCUGUUUAAGCUCUUGAUUUUGUAGGAUUCAUGCUGGUGAGACAAAUUCACCCAGGGCUCUCAUGCCCCAAACUCCUUUUUACUUUGUUUUCAUCCACUCUCAUUUUCUUGGGUGCCAGCAAUGCUUUACCAGGGACAGAAUAUGACUAUGGUGCACAUCCAAAGUUUGUUUGCACACCAAUCCCGGCUGAUGCUGACCCUAGCUGCUUCCCUGUUGGUGGGAAUCCUGGAGGGGCAGGACCUGGAGUGAAUGCAAAUGGCCACCAUGGACCAAGUGGAGGAGGGGCUAGUGGAAAUGGAUGGUGGGGGAUGACAGAGGAGGCCAAAACAACCAUCUUGCACCUUCGUGAGAGCCUGGUUCGGCAGAAAGAGACCAUUCUGGACCAGCGAGAGACCAUCAGGGAGCUCACUGCCAAGCUGACCCUCUGCGAGGGCUUCGGGAGAGGAAUGGGGGGCCAUGAUGACCACCAUGACAACCAUGGCCCUCACAUACCCUUGCAUAGUCAGUCACACCACCCCUACUCCGAGAGCGGGCAUCAUUCCCAGGGCCACCACAGCAAUCAUGUCUCAGAACAUCAUUAUCUCAUGGGUGGCCACCGCCCAGAUACCCACCACAGGGGGAAGGCUGCUCUGGGAGGGGGAGAUAAGCAUGGGGCAGAAAUGGCCUCUUCCCCAGAGCAGAUGGGCAGGAUGCUGCAGGCACUGAAGGAGCGGCUGGAGAACUUGCAGCAGUCGAGGAACACAUCCAGCUCCUAUUCCAAUUCCCUGAAAGACCUGCUUCAACGCAAGAUUCAUGCUCUGGAACAGCAGAUGAACCUUCACUCAGCCUCUCAUGGCAAUGGAGACCACCACGGCGGGACUGAUCACCACGACGAUCACCACGGUGACAGUCACCAUGACAACGGUCACCACGAUGACGACCACCACGAUGAUCAUCACGAUGACGACCACCACGAUGACCAUCACGAUGAUGACCACCACGAUGAUCACCAUGAUGAUGGUCACCAUGACAAUGAAGCAGAUGGGCACAACCCAGGAUAUCCCCCACGAAUGCCCUAUCACUCACAGGGACAUAGAGCUGCUCCCCACGGAAUACACCCCAACAAGUUGGACACUGUACUGAGCCACCUACACCACAGGAACUCAGAAACAGGUUCCAGAAAGAAACCAAAAAGUCCGGAUGCCUUCCAGAUAGGCUUCCCAAUGCGCACCAACUACAUGUAUGGACGAAUCAAGCGCACCCUCCUACAUGAGAUCUUUGCCUUGACGCUCUGCUUGUGGCUAAAAGGAGGUGCAGGACCUGGUCUGGGGACUCCGUUCUCCUACUCUGUCCCAGGACAGGCUAAUGAAUUGGUCCUGAUAGAAUGGGGCAACAAUCCGAUGGAGCUUCUCGUCAAUGACAAGGCUGUGACACUUCCACUUUCCCUAAGUGAUGGGAAGUGGCAUCACUUGUGUGUGUCUUGGUCUACACGGGAUGGCCUGUGGGAGGCCUACCAGGAUGGAGUGAAGAGGGGCUCGGGCGAGAAUCUCUCGGCAUGGCACCCCAUUAAGCCUGGUGGGGUUUUCAUACUGGGACAGGAGCAGGAUACCCUGGGAGGCCGAUUUGAUGCCACACAGGCCUUCGUGGGGGAGAUUUCUGACCUUCAGCUUUGGUCUCACAUGCUUACAUCUCAUGAGAUAUACAACCUGGCCACGUGUGGAAGUCACAUGACCGGAGACAUCAUCGCCUGGACUGAGUCUGCGGUCGAGUUGCAUGGGGGUGUCACAAAGUACCCGUUUGAUCCCUGCCAUUAAAAAAAAAUGCCUCCAUGUACAGAAUCACUAUGGAAAAGACUUGUAAACACUGCGGGAACAAUCCAAAUUAUAUUUAGGGAACAAGGUCUGACAACCCAGUGAUGAUGAACAGGUUGAGAAAGGGAAAUUAUCAUUUGCCCCA